GCAGGCAGCGCCGGCGCCGCCGGGCCGCCAGCCUGCAAGAGCUGCGGCGGCUCCGGGCUGCAGUACCCAGACUCGGUGAUCUUGUCGGCAAGGGCCUCGUGGAGGCGUUCGGGGCCGAAGACUGCGUGUUCCACGGCAUGGGGCGCGAGGAUCGGACGUCGACGUCCGCUGCCUGGGACGCGGGAGGCCCUUCGUGCUGGAGCUGCGGGCCCCCAGGCGCCGAGCGCCCCUGCGGGAUCUGAUCUGGGCGCGCUGGCCGGCACCGUCACUGCAGCGGGCCGCGGCCUGGUGGAGCUGGGCGGACCCCUGCGGCCGUCCACGCGGGCCGAGCCCGCCCGGUUGAAGGCCGCCGCCGCGGACAAGACGUACGUCAUCCGCUUCCGGGUGGAGGGCGGCUUCCGAGGAUCGUUUCCCAAGGACGCCAUUCUCGCGCUGGCCGGCCAGGCUCUGGACCAGCGGACGCCCAGCCGCGUCGAGCACCGGCGGGCAGACUUGGUGCGGGACCGGAAGAUACUGGCCCUGGGCCCGUUGGUGUCGGAUGGCGAUGAGGUGGAGCUCACCAUCAAGGCGCAGUCGGGAACCUACAUCAAGGAGUUCGUCCACGGAGACGAGGGCCGAACGGUGCCCAGCGUGGCCGCCGUGCUGGGGCGCCCCUGCCGCGUGGUUUGGCUCGACGUGACCGAGAUCCACGACGAGGACUGA